UGCCAGACAAUUUGAUGUCGGUAGUUAACAAUUGCGAAGAGAAGAAGGCCAAUGAUGUUAGAAGGGUGGCAAGUAGUGACAGUAUUCCGCGAGGUAAUUACACUGGAUUAACUUUGAGUCCGGGAUGCAGAGUUUUAAGUCAGGAUUGCGUAAGGAGAUCAAAAAGCCCUGAUAUUAGGAACACGGUUGUCCCGCUUCGUUACAUUCAAUCGGCAAAAGGGACUUGGACAUACAAUUUGUAAAUUGAAAUAUAAAUUGCAUUAAUAUUAUAUUGAAACAGAAAGAUUCUUUAUGAAAUACGUUUCGAGAAAUUCCUAAAUAUUGUUAAGGUAAUCAUUGCGCAAGAUAAAAGAAAUGGUAUAAUUUUGUCCAACAUCUGGAGAGAAAGCGGAUACGCAUACGUGUUGUAGAUGAAAAGAAAAAAAAUUGUAGAUUUUUAAUCUUUUUACCAAUUUCUUGAAUUUAUAUGAUUUUAAAGGAAGUUAAUUUCCUUUGAUUCAUUUGUGAAUACACUGUGAUACUAAACGAUUGUUCGUUGUUAAAUUCCAUAUUCUUAAAAAUUUUUUGUGAUAAUUACCUCGAGUUCUAUAGUUAGAGUUGAUUCUAUUAUAAUCUGAUUCUUCGGAGUAUCUUCUGUUUCAACUUUUUCGUCGACGAAAAUAAUAUUUGAACAAGUCCCUUUACAUACAACAAUAGAUAGGAUACAGUAUAUGAGCAUCUUCAAAAUGGCAACAGGUUUAUACAUUUUAAAUAAAUGAUAUGAAAAUCAAAGGUAAUGAAUUUUAAGUUUUUUGAUAUAAUAUACAGUUUUUAUUUAUUCGUUUUGGUACAUGUAACGAAUUUCAUUUGAAAUGCUUUUUAUAAUUAUUUAACGUUUAAUUUAUUUUUCGAAAACUCUCUAGAAAUUACAGUGUAAGGUAUUUAGCUAAUAUUUUGUAUAUAAAGCAUACAAUCAAAGGCAAGCUAAUCAGUUUAUUAUUCGUGUUAAAUCGACUUUUUUUUUUUUUUUUUUUUUUUUUUUUUUAUAAACUUUUAGUUAAGUAAAGUAUUCUGCUUAUGUUAAAUGCUGCAAACACGUAACGUUUACAAUGUGCAAUAAUUUAUGGAAUAAAAUGUUACGUAAAUGUAUACAGGGUACUUGACAAUUUUUGCGACAGUGUGUUUCAUAUAGUUAUUAGACUGUUUGAAUAUCAUUAAAUAUUGUAAUUGUUUUCUUUUAAACAAGCACAGUUCGAAACAUUUAUAUUUACUUAAGAUUUAUAAAUCUGUAUAAAAAUUUUAUUUACCGCUACUUAUUAUUAAUUUCAUUAAUGCUUAAAUUCCAUUUAUACGCGCAUUAAUGGGGUAUGAAAUUCAGUGAUAUUUUCGUUACGGUUCGUUAGGUUCUCAAUAAAAUUGUACUUAAAAUAGUAUUACAAAUCUACUAUACAAAAUAUUUGGAGAACAAGUCUGUGCAGUAAUAUGUACUAUAGAUUAAUAUUAGACUGAUAAAAAUGUAUGUCAUAUUUUUUGGAAAGAAAUCGUCGUAUGUUAUAAAUAUGUAGGUAAGUAGAGAGAAACAAUUGAAGUGACAAGGCUACUAAAUUCUUUCUACGAUAUAAACUGUUCCAUAUAACUAAACCAAUUUUGACCUUAGAUUUAAGAUAUUUUAUAAAAAAAAAAACGCGGAAUGCAAUAUCUUUUGUUAUCUGUAACCGUCCACUUGUAUUAUUUUAUACCGAUUGACGUUAUUGUUAUUUAAUAUUGUUACAAGAACAAAUAUUAUUCUCGAUUACUUAGUAGCUAUUUAGUACAUAAUGCAAAUAUUAAGCGUUCUUUGUUUUUUGUCCGAUUUCGAAGAAUGUUUCCGAAUGAACGAUGGAAUACAAAUAGAAGUGUUGGACGAUGUAACUGCUGCGUUACUCAAUCCAAAAAUAUUGUCUUGUAUAUUCGAGGAGAAACCUUUGACCGGAAUACCUGUUCUAAGGUCUACUUUAGAGUGUGUCGUGUUAUCGUCAAUUAUGAAGCUCGAUAAAAACAGUAUGAAUAAACUGUUUGAUUUAAUGAUUAUGAUGGUAAAAUAUCAACUGACUGUAGCAACAGGUCCUAUAGAAGUUAUCUUGCUAACAUUGAAUCACACGGAUGCAAUGCGUGAUAUGGUCAGCCAUCCUAAUGCUCAGCAAUGCGUGGGAUUAAUACAUCAGAUGGUGGUCGAUUUUUAUGGUUCUUUAACUUUUGAGGAAAUUUGGAAUGCCAGAAAUACCUGCUUAAAAGAAUUAGAACCGUAUCGCGUAAGGGUAUCGGUUCUUCUCAGACUUGGAUUACAAAAUGAUGAUGGUACUUUCAAUAUAACAAAUCACAAAUACGAUGAAAAAUAUGAAGAAAAUAAAGAUCACCUUUCUCGCUCAAAAAUAUGUGAUGUGGAUCUGAAAACUUACUGCAAUGGUUCUUUUAAUCUUUUCGGUGAACGCGACACGUUAUUGGGAAAGAAUAUGUAUGCAAUGACGCAUGACAUAUCGAAAUUAACUUCUGAGCAAGAAAAUGACAAUUACUUAAAAGAUUGUGGCACAAGAGCAGAACUUGGUAUGUUAGCUGUUCAAUUAGGUACAGAGGAAACUUCGUAUAAACGACCAUUUAGUUUGAAUUUAUUAUCAAACGAAGAUAAUAAUAAUGCAAACGUAGAAAAAGAAGAAGGUAAUUCCAAGGAAGACGGUGAAGAUAAUACAACGAUCAUUAAGCAGGAGAAAACGAAAUUUAACGAGGAUUAUAAAAUAAAACUUGACAAUAUACGUGCCGACUUUUUCGAAGAUGAACCCGAGGGAAUAAACCAUAACAUGGAUUUGUUAGAACUCCUGGAUAAAGCAGAAUAAACUUUUCUUUUUUAAUUUAUUUGUAAAUUACACCGCAACAAUUCCGUAACAAAUAAACAAAAUAUUCUUAUACAUUUUCUUUACAAUUAUAGGUAAAUGGCUUGUACAUUAUAAUACAAUGUUUUAUAAUACACAAAUUUAUUCUUUAUAAAACAAAGGAAUCUAUUUUAUAUAUAAAAAUUCAUCGAUUAAUCAUUGAUAUUUAUUAAAUAUAAUUAUUUGUCUUGCAAUUAUUUUCAUAAUAAUUUACGUAAAUUUACUAUGUAUCGAAUAUUUGUCGUGAAUUGUAAUGAAAAUAUUAAUUAAUUAUAAUUUGAAU